AUGAAGUCCUGCAGGCCGGCCCGGGGGCCGCGGCGGAGUGAAGAACCCGCCAGCAGGAGGCCCGUCAUCCUACUUUUUGUGGCCACAAUGCUGACCGCCCGCCUCGCCAGGCCCCUGUCAAAGCUCCCCGGGAAAACCCUGAGUUUCUCUAACAGAGAAAAUGGAGCAAGGCGCACACUGCUGUUUUACCCCGCCUCCUGCGUCCCCGUGGGUCGUCGCACUUACGCUGAUACGGUGAACCCGGCCGGCAGCAAAGCCGUGCUGAUCACAGGCUGCGACUCUGGAUUUGGGUUCUCCUUGGCCAAGCAUCUGCAUUCAAAAGGCUUCCUUGUGUUUGCUGGCUGCUUGUUGAAGGACAAAGGGGAUGCUGGAGUCAAGGAGCUGGACAGCUUGAAGACCGAUCGAUUGAAGACUAUUCAGCUCAACGUCUGCAAAGCCGAGGAGGUGGAGAGAGCUGUGGAGACUGUCCGCUCGAGCCUGGCGGACCCUGAGAAAGGGAUGUGGGGCCUGGUCAACAACGCGGGCAUCUCCACAUUCGGGGAGGUGGAGUUCACCAGCAUGGAGACCUACAAGGAGGUGGCGGAAGUGAACCUCUGGGGCACCGUGCGGACGACAAAAUCCUUCCUCCCCCUCAUCCGAAGGGCCAAAGGCCGUGUGGUCAACAUCAGCAGCAUGCUGGGCCGCAUGGCCAACCCGGCCCGCUCCCCGUACUGCAUCACCAAGUUCGGGGUGGAGGCGUUCUCCGACUGCCUGCGCUACGAGAUGCACCCUCUGGGUGUGAAGGUCUGCGUGGUGGAGCCGGGCAACUUCAUCGCCGCCACCAGCCUCUACACCCCCGAGCGCAUCCAGAGCAUCGCCAACAAGAUGUGGGCUGAUCUGCCCGAGGUGGUGCGCAAGGACUACGGCAGGAAGUACUUUGACGAGAAGCUCGCCGCCAUGGAGACCUACUGCAGCAGCGGCUCCACCGACACCACCCCCGUCAUCGACGCCGUCACCCACGCCCUGACCGCCAGCAGCCCCUACACCCGCUACCACCCCAUGGACUACUACUGGUGGCUGCGGAUGCAGGUCAUGACCCACAUGCCUGGAGCCAUCUCCGACCGGAUCUACAUACACUGA